UCUAAAUCAACUUCUCAUCACAAAAUGGCCAUCUUAUUACUUGUCAUCUUCAUUACCAAUUACUUAAUUCCUAAUGCGCUUGCUAAUCCCAGAUCCUCAUUCAUCUCCCCGUUCUCUUCUGCAAAAUCAUCUCUUCCUGCUGAAUCAUACCUGCAAUCCUCUUCUUCAUCUGAAGUUUAUUGGCGAAACCAUUUGCCAUAUACUGUCUUGCCAAGAAAGCUUCAUAAUCUCUUGGGGACAAGUAUUAAUAAGGCGUUUACGUUCCAACCAUCUGAUGCGCUAGGUUACAAAAUUUAUGUAAAUUCAAAUGCAAAACCCUCUCCCCACAACAUUACCCUCUUCUUUCUUCCGAAAUCUCUUUUCUUAGGAAAUAAGAUGCAGCUAAACUUUCCAAUACCUGGAAAUAAAGUGCAGUUAUUACCAAGGAAAGUAGCAGAUAAAUUCCCUCUGACCAGCGAAACUGUCCUUCAAUUUUCCACAAUGUUUAACUAUUCAAAUGAACAAUUAAGCUUAGCAAACAUGACCAUCCAGGCCUGUUCAGGUUCUCCGAUAUCAGGUGAGAGAAAAUCCUGUGUAUCAUCACUGGAAAGCAUGGUGGAUGUUUGUGUGGAAAAUGUUGGACAAGGUGUUGGUGUUCAGGCCAUGAUGAACGAGAUAGCAGAGGAGCAUAACGAGAUCAGAGAGUACGAUGUUGCGGGGUACAAUAAGUUGCUUGGCAGCAGUAGGCCAUUAGCUUGUCACCAGCGUGCUUUUCCUUUUGCUAUAUUUUACUGCCAUGUAGCCAAGGAAUCAGAGGUUUACAACGUCAGCUUAAAGCGACAUGAUAAUGUUGGUAGCCAAGAAAGUGCAGUAAUGGUGAUCUGCCACAAGGAUACGCAUGCAUGGGAUGUGAAUCACGUAGCAUUUAAGAUAUUAAAAGUUAAACCAGGAACCUCAGUUUGUCACUUCAUCGACUCUUCUUCAGUAAUUUUUAUGGCCACCACCACCUUAGUGUAACUAUGGUUCCAAAUGAUGUCUGUGGUGUAGGGGCUUUCUGAUAAUGUAAUGUAAUGUCACUUUUUAAUGUAGAAAGCCAACUGCCGAAGAAGAAGAAGAAAAAGAAUCAAGAUAAAUAAAUGAAUAAAUAAUCUUACAGUUAUAUUUUAUAUUUA